GCGAUGAGCCAGUGACGGGUGUCUUCGCUCCGCUGGCUUUAGCCGCAUGCCCAUCACUCCUUCAGAGGAACGGAAAACGCACCCAGGAUGGCAGGCGAGUGCGUUCCCGAGAGUCCGGACAUUGGACAGAUGGGCGACGAGGAACUGUGGGAACUGAUAAACGACAACCGCCACCGGAUCUCCUUGGGCGUGCGGCCGUGCAUCCUGAUCCCCUACCUGAGGCAGGCCAGGGUGCUCACGGAGAUGGACGAGGACGAGAUCCUCUCCUGCCACAACCUCACCAACCGCAGCAUGAGAACCAGCCAUAUGCUGGAUCUGCUGAGGACCCAGGGGAAGAACGGGGCCGUGGCCCUGGUGGAGAGCCUGAUGAUCCACUACCCCACCCUGUACACCCAGGUCACAGGACGCAAACCCAGCACCGAGCCCUCCAGUUUCAGUGGCCUCAUAAAGUACUCUGAGCUGACGGAGUAUCUGGUCAGAGCAGUGACGGGGAUGCAGAAAGAGCUCCAGGCGGCGCGGGAUGAAGCGAGCAAGAAGAGCGCUCGCUGUGCCUCGCUGGAGUUCGAGAUCCGGCAGAUGAUGGAGGUGUCGGAGAAGUCCCGGUGUCUUCAGUCCGAGAACCAACACAUGCGGAGACACUUGUGUUCUUUGCAACAGGACAUCACGAGGCUAAAGGAUGAAAAGUGUGACUUGUAUAUGCGCUACACAGGAGCCGUGGAGGAGAAAUCCUCCGUGAACCUGCGUCUCCAUGACCUCAACCUGCAGCUGUACCAGGUGCAGACCGAGCUGCAGAAGGCUCAGGCGGACAGCGAGUUCCAGAGGCGGCAUUCUCUCCGCAGCGCCGAGACGCCGCAACUGCAAGACAAAGUCAGGAAACUGCAACUGCAGCUGGCGAAGGAGGAAAAACUGGACCCAGCCCGGCAGGACAUCUUGGCCCAGGACCUGGCCGAGGCCAUCGACAGCCAGGUGGAGCUCGCAGAGCAGCUCAGGUGUUACAGAGAAGAGAAUGAACAGCUGCUGAGAGAGAAGCAAGUGCUCUCAGAUCAAAAAGAGUGCCUGAGCCUCCAGGUGCAGCAGCUGACCCUGGACUGUAACAUGCACCAGAAGAAGAUCACUGUGAUCCAGAACCAGAUGAAAGAGCUGCAGGCAGAGAGGGACCAAGCGUACCUGUCCAGAGACGAGGCCCAGACUAUGAUUGCCCGUAUCUUGGCUGAGAAGGACACCCUGAGGUCUCAGCUGGUUGAGCUCCAAGAGCAGGUGUGCGGCGUGCAGGCCCAACGCUGCGCCAGCGAACAGCAACGGCGGAGUUCAGAUUUGAAUAUGGAGUGGGACUGGGAGAGCCUGAGAUCCAGCUUUGAAAAAUGCCCGCCAUCCCCGCCUAGAAUCUCCAACAGACGAAGACUUUGUCGCAUGGACGCAGUCAAUCCCCAUUCAAUGAGUUCAGAGUGUGAAGAAGGAAGCAGCGUCCGAUCCCGAAACGCGGAGCCCCCCAGUCCAGAGUCUCUCCGCAGAAGGGAGGAAGCUUUGUACGCAGACAGCUCGAAAGCAGCGGAGACUGAAUUUCUAUUGGAAGACUUUGUGUUCAUCCCCACAGAAAUUGAAGACGGCAACGCGUGCACAUUUUCCUCUUGUAAAAACUCCAACAUUGAUGGCCUGUCCAGGACCUCGGUCCCUCCCUUCCUCAUGCGUUCACGUCAGAAAGCGAUUCGGGUCAACGGCCGCGUCCUAGGCAUCUCGCUCCAGGGCGAGGCGCUGCUCAAACAGCUGGCAGUGGUGGGAGGCAACAAGACAGGCGUGUUUGUGCACCAUGUGACCGAAGGAACCGCCGCCCACACCGUCGGCAUCAGCCCCGGGGCCCAAAUAGUGGAGGUGAAGUACGAGCAGAACCAGAAGGCUAUGAGUAUGGUGCUGGAGGAUUCCACCUUAGAGGAAGCUAUGUGGGCUCUUGGCCAAGUCACAGGCGUCUGUCACCUCUCCCUCCGGCCUCGGCAAGAUGACUACGAGGCGCUGCUGCAGCAGAUGCAGAGCAACGAGACAUCGUCCGGAGACUCCUUCUACGUACGUGUCAACGUGUCUCUCCCUGCUGGGCCCAAAUGGACGCUGCCUGUGUCCUGCAACGACAUCCUUCAUGUGACCAACACGCGACCCGCUGGCACUAAGGACUCCUGGUACGCCAGCCAAGUUCACCCCAAUCAGCUACUGGACCUCCAGAGCGGAAGCUUACCCAACUAUUACAGGGCCCAGCGACUUCUGAUUAGAGCCAUUGAAGACAUGAGCUUUGAAACAAAGAACUCUCAAAAGGCUGCGCGUUUUGGGGCGGGCAACAACAAGCAGAAGGUAGCGAGGAUUGUCGGCACCGGGCGCCAGGGCAGGAAGCCACUUUGGGUCAGUGUGGAGGAAGAAAACACCAGUGCAGAAUCAGGUGAUACCUCUGCACCCAGAAGCUGUCUGACCCUCAUGCCCUACAGCCUGGUCACGCCACACUUCCCACCCGUCUGCAGGCCGGUCCUGCUGCUGCCCACUAUCCUGGGACACAUCCUGAGCAAGAAGAUGGCCGACUGGCCGGGCUUCCGGGUCUGCGAGCCUGAGAUGCUGAGCUCCAGCGAGCGUGCAGCCAGGCUGCAGAGGUCCGAGAUCCUGGAGGAGUGCGAGGGGGGAACAAGCUGCUGCUAUACCCUGCAGAGUGUCGAGAAAAUAGUGAAGACGGGGACGCACUGUGUGCUGCCGUUGGGGCUGGACUGUGUGCGUCGGCUGCACCGCGCCGAGAUCUUCCCCAUCAUCAUCUUCAUCGGCCAGUCGCCACGUAGUGCGAAGAAACUGAAGUCCAAGCUGCAGCGCCGCAGCCAGUCGGAGGAGCAGCUGUUGGCGUGUUCCAGGAGCGAGGAGCCGCUGCUGGACAAGCUGCCCUGUCUGUACCACAGCGUGGCUCAGGACUCCUGGUGUGACCAGAGCUCGCUGCUGACUCACCUACGCACCAUCAUUUGGGAGGAGCAGAAGAAGAUCGUCUGGGUGGAGCCGGACCUUUGGUAAAAAAAAAUAAACAGAGGAGGGAGAGAGAGCAGGAAGGAAACUGAGAGAGGUUUUUGAUAACAUGACCGUGAGAAUAAAUUCUGCUUACAAUUCAUAUUUUUUGUAAACCUGAGUAUGUAUCUAUGAUACUUAUAAGUAACUGGGUGAUGGGAGUCUCGGAAAGUGGUAUGUAUUGUACUUUCAAAGUGCAUGGCCCUGUAGCACUAUUUACUUUAAUCCUAACAUGAAAACAUGUUCUACUCUGUUGCCUCGCUUUUGGAGGCCUUUGUUUAAACACCGACUUGAGUUGUGUUCCCUAAAAAAACAAAAAAAUGCAUUUAUGGGUAAAAAACACUAUGGAUCAUUUCCCACUACUCUGUAUCUGUCAUCUGGUGUGCUGAAUGUUUUUUUUUUAUUUUGUUUCAUGAUGAGUUUUUUUUUCAGUUGCCCUAUCUGUUGUUGCACAGCAGUUUGCACCUUCAGAGUUUGCAGGGCUUUUGAUUGCAGUCAGUUGAGGGGUUAGAGACCUUUUUUUGCGUGCACAGGGUUAAUGAAAGAGAUGUUGCUGCACUUAUUCUUUGUGCUCAUCUUGUCCUUCAUUGUGCUGCCAAACAUUUCAGUGUGUCUUUAUUGCCAGCUUUUCAAAAACUGUCAACCUUUGAAUACCUGUGGAUGAUUUGUUAGCAGAUUAUGUAACAACUGUGUUUCAUUAAAUGGAAUUUAUAUUCAUUCACGUGGGAAAUCCACUUGGCAUUUCUAGUUUUUAUUUUAAGGUGAUCUAAGAAGUUAAAAGAGUAAACUCGUUCAUAAUACAAUUGUGGUUAGUAUCAAAUCUAGUUGAAGGUGACAGGUCCGAUCGCUAAGUAUAAGGCCAUUUCCAUUUUGUCUACACAAUACGGGGUUUGGUUUGUUCUUUGAUAAUGUUUUUAUGUUGUUACGCACAAGCACUGUGACAUUCCCGGGGGUUAUAGUGACGGAUAAAAGGAGCGUCAGUGGCUGCUGGCCUACCUCACGUGAUUGUUCUGUAAACUGGCCGGACGUGUUUUGAGUGACUUUGUAAAGAGGAACAAA